AUGACAGGAACGCCAGAUCCUCCAGCUGAGCCAGCUGUCACAGUUGGCGAUGCGCCUGCUGUCACCAUGACAGAAACCUCGGCGGCGAGAAAAUCCUACAGACGCAAGUAUCGCAAGAUCAUGGUCAAUUUCGAACGCAAGAUGCAGGAGAGCAAUAGUUUAUUCAGGGACGAACAGAAGAUACUUGAUAUCUCACAACGGCUCGCCGAACAAACAGACCAAACGCUACAACUCCUCGUCGACCUCAAUUCCAUGCCACAGGUGCCUUCCCGGUUUCGUUACGAUCUCGAGUCAAGGUAUUCGUCAGGCAAAAGGUCAACGCUGGGGAAGAGGACAUAUGAUGAAGAGAGUGGCCACAAAGCCUUGCGUAAAGCUCGAUAUCAACUACAGAUAGGCGAGAUCUCACCUCACGACUACGAGAUGCUCAAAAGCGACGUCAUCGAAAGCCCUGCCUUUGCGCCGGCCAAGUCGUAUGCGGCGCUCACAGACUACGCUCCAAAGACUUCUUUCCCCUUGGACGAAGAUCCAGACUCGAAGACCGGUUUCCUGAAUGUGAAACAGGAGGAGCAGUACCUUCAGAGCCUCGAUGCUUAUAUACGAGGAGAGGCUCCAACUCCCCGGGGCCACGCCAACAACACGUUGAGCUUGCGAAGCGGCGAGCGCAACAUAGAGAAAGAAAAGGAAAUCCAGCUGCGCAACCCGGUCUCGGUAUAUAAUUGGCUCCGAAAGAACCAACCGCAGGUGUUCCUCCAGGACGAGGACAGUAAGCCGGCCAGAAACACGAGUACCCGAAAUUCAAAGCGGAACUCAACACGAGAUGCGAUCGUCAAACAGGAGCAAGAAAUGUACGAUGAAGACGGCAUCGCUGCGGACGCGCAUUCAGGCAAAGGAAAGCGGAAACGUGACGAGGAUGGUGGCUAUCGACCGAAAGGCGGCAACAGUCGCGCCGGUAAGCGCAAAAGGGAAUCCAGAGCAUCAUUGGGAUAG